AUGGACUCCCAACCAACAGCAGAGGAGGCGGCACUUCGUCGAGAGAUCGUCAAAACGUUUCAGAUACACGCGUUUGAGCUGAAAAAAGAAGCCGUGAAAUUGUGUGUGAAACUGUUUCUGGAGCACGACAAGGAUACUCGCAAGAAAUGGACGAACAAAAUGAUCGAGCUGCUCAAAAAGCAGACAUUACAAUCCUCAUUGAUCAGCGAAGAGCUGAUUCGAGAGACGUUUCGGCAGUGCAAAUCGAAAGGAUCACAGGAUGCCGGAAAAUUGCUCAACGUCUUCGACGCCUUCUCCCUUCACGCCUACGAUUUUGAGCCGGAACUCGGGAAAAUGGUUUUGAGAAAAGCCACGCCCACCCUGGCCGCCGAUUCAUCGUCAUUCUCCCAUGCGGCUCGUCAACGAUUCCUUCUCGUCAAACAACGUGCCGCCCGUUGUGCGUCGCUCAAAAAUUUCAAAUUUACGACUUGUGAGAUUCUGAGCGCCUCGACGAAAACGCUGAAAUCUGUGGUGGUCCUCGGGAUGUUGACUCAGCAAAAAGCCGACUGCUACCAUAUCGAAGAUCUAUCGGGGUCGAUUGAAGUGGAAUUCAAAGAGGACACCAAAUUCCAUCAUGCCCUCUUCCAUGAGCACUCCAUUGCGAUUUUUGAGGGAAACUUCGAGAAUUCAGUGCUAAAAGUCAAUGAAGUGGCAAUGGUACCCGUGGAAUCCGCGGAAACGACACGAAAAGAGCUCAGUUCGAAUGAGAAUUGGUUUGGAGGAGAGGACAAGAUCGCCUUCAGAUGCAGUGAACGUCUUCGAUCGGCACUGGCGAAACAGGAGGAUACAUCGAUUAUCUUCUUAUCAGAUGUCUUUUUGGAUGAUAUGAAGACAAUGCGUGCACUGAACAAACUGCUGAUAGGAUACAAGGAUCAGCCACCGAUCGCUAUUGUCCUCUGUGGCAAUUUCUGUUCCCGUCCCCGUCAAACGGAUACAAUCGAUCUGUUGGAUCGGGGUUUCCGAUAUUUGGCCAAUCAAUUACAACAAAUGAAAAAGGAAUACGAAAAGACGCAGUUCAUUUUUGUACCCGGACCAGACGAUCCGUUUGUCGAUUUGGUAUUGCCCCGCCCCCAUCUGCCAUCCCUUCUCUUCAAACACGUCUCGCCAAUCAUCUCGGCGACUUUCGCCUCGAAUCCGUGUCGAAUUCAGUUUGCCAGUCAGGAAAUUGUCGUUUUUCGAAACGAUUUGAUUAAGAAAAUGUGCAGACACUCGAUCAACUCCAUCACCGUCGAAUCGAUUUCAUCGAGAUAUGCGAGAAGCAUUUUGAGUCAGGCCCAUCUCUGCCCCCUGCCCCAACACAUCACUCCAAUUCUGGCUGAUUUCUCUCACUGUCUGAGUCUCCACCCUCUGCCGGAUCUCCUGAUCUCUGCCGAUCGAUUUGAGACAUUCCAGGAGAAAGUGGUUGGAACGGAGACGAUUGUCUCGAAUCCUGGAUCGUUUGCACGCUCUAACUACACAUUCCAUGUCUAUUAUCCUGCUCAAAACCGGAUCGAAGCAUCACAAAUUCCGAAUAGUGAACUUAUUGAUGAAUUUGUACCUUAUUGA